CUUCUGUGACACUGUUCAGGUGAGGGGGGAGCACCUGCUGGAGUCAAAAUGGCACUGAAGCAUGCUGGGCUUUUGUUAUUAUUUCUUUGUUCUUCUGUUCAGUUUAGAAGUGGAGUUGGGUAUGGCCUGUUUGUGCAAGAUCCUGACUUAGAGUGGGAAAGAAUGAAGACAGUGAUUGGUGAAAAAACUCCACGAGCGCCUGCACCCAAUUCUCGAGCCUUGAAGUCAUCACCUUCAACGCCUGAUGCAAAGAAGGUUCCUGAGUAUCAGGUGAUCUCAGCCUCCCAGGUUCAGAAAGAGGUUUUCAAGCCAGAAAAGGGUGCAAGACCCCUCCCUUCCUCAGUCAAGGAAAUGUUACUUGCCACUGCUGCCCCUGCUACCACAGCUGGAACAACUAGACCACAGAUAAUUGAAGUCUUGUGCCACGUUGACAGACUAUAUGUAAGAGUCAGAAGAGAGGUCUUUAAGACUAAGGGUGCAUACAAAAAUCUGAAACUAGGCACCUGUCCUGUUAAUCGUGGUACCAAGGAACACUACUACUUUCUGUACCUCCUAAAAAAUGACUGUGGCUUUGUGAAAGAGAAUAAUGCAGAUAAUCUGUUGUUUCGUAAUGCGCUCAAAUACUCACCACCUGGUCCAGUCUUAAGGGAGUUGCCAUUUAACAUUCCCCUGGAGUGUACAUUUCCUAGGUUUUUCAACGCCUUUAAAGUUGGCUUUUAUCCUGUGUCGCAGGGAGGCACAAUUUACAAAGCACUCCAACCAAAAAGUAGUUUCACCCUUACUCCUCAAGAUGCAUCAGGGAUAGAGGUUACUGGGACCAAAACCUUUACCUUGGGCCAGCCAAUGUACUUUGAAGCAAAGAAACCAGAUGGCACAGCCCAAUCUGGACUUCAGAGGCUGUACAUCAACAAGUGCUUCAUGACUGCAUCCCAAGACUCUAACGCAAAUCCUAAAUAUACAGUCAUAGACAACCAAGGCUGUAUGGUUGAUGGCAAGGUGAGCUACCAGUCAAAGUUCCUCACUGGUUCCUCAAAGAUGGUGCAGAAAUUCUCUGUGGGUGCACUGAUUUUCAAGGACCAGGCUUCCACUUCGUCUUCAAAGCAACUCUACAUGCACUGUGAUAUCUCUCUGGGGGAACUGACUCCAACUCAGAGUUCGAAGGCUUGCAAUUACGAUUCUACUAGCAAAAAGUGGAAGGAGCUCUAUGGGGAUGACUCUGUGUGCACCUGCUGUGAAGCUACCUGCUCAGUACAGCCCAAGGCUUCUAGGAAUAUAAUCACCAGCCACUCUUGGAAGGUCGACUUGAGCAGCACGGAUGGCUCUGUGGCGCUUGAACCUCAGAUGAAAUCCUUUGCCGCUGACACAUUCAGUUUGGAGGACACUGACAUGGCCGAGCAUGAAGACUUCCUAAGCUACUGGAAGGAUGAUUACUGAAUAAAACUUACCAUGUGGGGAAAUGAUCCAAAUUUUAAAGUCUUGUGCUUUUGGAGUAAUGUUUUUUUGUACUCUUCCAGCUUGAAUAAACAUGACUCAUUUAUUGCUGUAA